UACCCGGCCGGCGGCGGCGGCGGCAGGGCGACGGCCGAGUCCCGCGCGCGUCAUGGCGGGGUGCUGUGGGGGCGGCCGCCCCGUCGCCGUGCUCCUCGCGCCCCGGAAGGACAAGCGGGUGCUGGGAAGAUGGCGGCGGCGAGCGGGCUGGCGACGACGGCCCCGGUGUGCGUGCUGGUACUGGGCAUGGCCGGCUCCGGGAAAACCACCUUCGUGCAGCGACUCGCGGCCCACCUGCAUGGGCAGCGCUGCCCCCCGUACGUGAUCAACCUGGACCCCGCCAUGCACGACCUGCCCUUGCCGGCUAACAUCGAUAUCAGGGACGCUGUGAAGUACAAAGAAGUCAUGAAACAAUAUGGGCUGGGCCCAAAUGGUGGAAUAGUGACCUCUCUCAAUCUCUUUGCUACAAGAUUUGAUCAGGUGAUGAAGUUUAUUGAAAAAAGGCAAAAUGCAUCCAAGUAUGUUAUUAUUGACACACCAGGGCAAAUUGAGGUAUUCACCUGGUCAGCAUCAGGAACCAUCAUAACUGAGGCCUUGGCUUCCUCUUUUCCUUCAGUUGUUGUUUAUGUGAUGGACAACUCUCGCGGUACUAACCCAAUCACCUUUAUGUCCAACAUGCUGUAUGCCUGCAGUAUCCUGUACAAGACAAAGCUACCUUUCAUUGUUGUCAUGAACAAAACUGACAUAAUUGACCACAGUUUUGCAGUAGAAUGGAUGCAGGACUUUGAGACUUUUCAGGAUGCCUUGAACCAAGAGACAUCCUAUGUCAGUAACCUGACUCGUUCUAUGAGUUUAGUGUUGGAUGAAUUUUACAGUUCACUGAAGGUGGUUGGUGUUUCUGCUGUGCUCAGCACAGGACUGGAUGAUUUUUUUGUUCAGCUUUCUAAAGCUGUAGAUGAAUAUGAGAGAGAAUACCGUCCAGAAUAUGAGCGCCUGAGAAAAACACUGGAGAAAGCUCAAAAUAAACAAAAGAGAGAGCAGCUGGAACACUUGUGGAAGGACAUGGGCAGCGUUUGUGUGCAGGGCAACACACUCGCAGGGUCUGAUGAUGCUUCUGCAAUGGGUCCCUCCGAGCUGAUCCUAACACGAGGAACUCUUGACGAAGAAGAAGAGAGGCAGAGUGAUACUGAUGACAUUGACCAUGAAGUUACUGAGGAGAGUCAUGAAGAACCAGCUUUCAGAAACUUUACGCAAGAGACGCGGAUGAAAUACCAGAGAAGCAUCAAACCGAGUGAAUGAGACCUUCGGAAAUAGAGGGUUUGGAAUCCCUUGUAAUGGAGUUAAAAGUAAAGGAACAGCAUAAAGAAACUUGCAUGGAACCAUGCAUGAAGUCUUAUAUCUGUGAACAACUUCCUCUGACAUAUUUAUAUCUUUCUUCCUGCAGUAACUGUUGGCUAUAUGAGUUGAAGGUCUUGUAUCCAACUGACUGCACGUUUGGCUGUCUGCCACUGUGACUUCCUGAAGCUGAAGGAACCACAUAGGACUUUCUUUUGCUCCAAAUUCUUUAGAUGUGCCUGUUGAGAGCUCAGAUUUUGAGCUCUGACAGUAUUAGCAUCUAGAGUAUUUCUUGGUCUCCAGAAGUGUGUUCUGUUCACCUUGUGCAGACAGGUGUCUGCUGCAGCCAGGACACGAGUGAGAUCUCUGCUGCAUGAAACUUCAUCAAUCUAGUGUUUGAUGUUUUGGUUUUAAUUAAAUAUAUUUUAUGUACUAACAAAUGCA